UAUGAAAAUUGUUGUAUAUAGCAUUUAAAGGAUGCAGGAUUGAUAGCAGAUUAAUUGAGUAUCCAAGUGGCUGAGUGGCUUUAUAAAGUUGGCAUAAUACAAGCAAGUGGUAAUGGAGCUGGUAACUGGAGACGGUGAAGGAGACAUGGAGAAUUUGUAUCAACGCGCAAACGAGAGAAUCGAAUUGGCGGAAGGGCUUAAAAUGGCAAUGAUGGAGUAUAAAGAGGUGCCUGGCCACUCGAUAAUAGAACGAAAAAUACAGCAGGAGAUUAAGUUUUUGCAAAAGGCGAUAUCCAAUAAGACCCUUAAGGAGAACAAUCUGAUAAGCAGCAAUUUAGUGCAUUACGAUUUCCUGAUAAAGACAUUACGCCUGCAACGUGGGGUCGUCCACAUUGAUUGUGCAUUUCCACUCAACUCACGCGACAAUCCAUUGCGUGUGGAUAUCGUGUGUAAUAAUGGCUUGAAGUGGGUGAAGGUGAUUGCAAGGAACUGUAAGUCGAUCGAAGAUGCGGCAAAAGGAUGUGCCAGUUUUGGGGCUCGCAGUGUUUUAGAUCAGGCGGGCGACUAUUUAGAAGCCAGCGAGCUACAUUUAUGCAUGUUUCAGCGUCCAAAGAUCGUCUUCUACUUUUCCAACAUAAUUCAUAGCUCUUUGCACAAGGAGCUUAUGGAAAUGGGUGUGCAGACUGCAUCUAUUACCGACACACCAGACAAAGAUUUGGACGAACUUUAUAACCUGCCGAAUGAAUUGAAUUUGGACGUGACUACCAUGCUGGCAUACGUCAGCGCUGUCACUAAUGGUCGUGCCAAUUGGGUUUACAAGGAGCCUCUGCUAACCGAACAGGCCCAAAAGGAGCGCGAUUCGCCACUGAAGCCUGUCCUCGAGAAGAUGUUUGAGGGAAAGAAUCUGCUUUGCUGCCAACAAGCUUUCAAUGCAUUCCAAAGCAUUUUAACGCUGCUGGCCGGACCCACAGAGCUGCAACGCGCCGAACAGUUCCUGAAACGCGUUCAGGUGUGUCCAGAUGUCGAAGAGGUCCCGGCAGAGCUUUCCAGCAUACGAUUUACGGCGAAGGUAAACGAACGCAGUCUGAAGAUCUUCAGCUUUGGCAUGGAACGCAAAAUCUUUACAGUUACUUCGAACAAGGCAUUUGUACGAUCGGCCAAGAUGCAGGGAAUCGAUGUGCCCGUGUUCUUGCAUGCAUCCCGAGCCCUCACUGAAAACAAAGAGGCUACUGGCACGCCGCUCUAAGCGCACCCCGCACUCGACUUGACUUGUGAUGUAAUACUUAAGACUAUUUAUUCCACAUACAUUAUAUAUUGAUAUUCACGUGUAUAUAUACGUAUACGUAUAUACGUGUAAACGGUUUUUUUUUGUUUUUUUUUCAACCUACGGUUGGUUGUCAAUGUAAACUGAUUGCAGCAGAGUAAAGUAACUCAUUGAUGUGCUA